AUGCGAUUGCCCAGCCGAGAUUCCAUUGCGCCGCGCAAUGACGUUGCCAGCUCCCCUCCACAGUCCGCUGCAACUGGCGAGAAGGAGGCGUUUGUCAUCACCGCCGCACUUCUGAUACCUGGUCGCGGGGAGCCAAUCACCGACGGCGCCGUCACCGUCAAGUCCGGCAUCAUCGAAUGGGUUGGUCCCGCCAGCUCCCUCCCCCCGCCGUACCGCAACUUGUCCCACACCCGGGUCCCCGUCCUCAUGCCGGGCCUCUGGGAUUGCCACGUGCACUUCUUCGGUGUCGCCGACACCAACGACCUCGAGGCGGCGUUUGGCAUCCCCACGGGCCAGGCCGCGCUGGCCGGCGCCCUCACCGCGCACGACCUGGAGGCGACGCUUCUCGCCGGGUACACGACGGUGCGCGAGCUCGGCGGCUACGGCGGCGACGUGUGGCCCGCCGUGCGCGCCGGCACCAUCCCCGGCCCCAACAUCUACUCCUCCAUCGCCGCCAUCUCCAUCACCGGCGGCCACGCCGACGUUUCGACGCUGCCGUCCUCGGCCGUGCGCGCCGCCAUGUGCUGCGGCCCCGCGCCGCUCGCCGUGUGCGACGGCGCCGACGCCUGCGUGGCCACCGUCCGGCAGAUGGUGCGCCGUGGCGCGCGUGUCAUCAAGGUGUGCUCCAGCGGCGGCGUGCUCAGCCUCAACGACGACCCGGAGGACCGGCAGUUCUCCGACGCGGAGCUCGCGGCCAUGGUGGCGGAGGCGGCGCGCAGCCGGCGCGCCGUCGCGGCGCACGCCAUCGGCAAGGCCGGCAUCAUGGCGGCGCUGCGUGCGGGCGUCAAGUCCAUCGAGCACGGCAUGUACCUGGACGACGAGGUCGCGGAGCGGAUGCGCGCGCAGGACGCCAUCCUGGUCGCCACGCAGCACAUCGUCCGCACGCUGUCCAGCCCGCCGUACCUGGACACGCUGCCGGCGCCGUCGCGGGACAAGGUGAUCAAGGUCGGCAGGGAGGCUAACAAGGCGUACGCGCUGGCGAUCCGGCGCGGGGUCAAGAUCGCGCUGGGGACGGACAUGCUGAGCAGCGAUCGGGGGUCAAAGCUGGCGCACGGGCAAAACGGCCACGAGCUGGGGUACGCGGUCGAGCUGGGCAUGACGCCGCUGCAGGCGAUUGAGAGCGCGACGGCGGUUCCGCCGGAGACGCUGGGCGGGCUGGCGCCGAAGAGCGGGCAGCUGAGGGCGGGCUACGACGCGGACUUGAUUGCAGUUUCGCGCAAUCCGCUGGCAGACAUCAAGGUGCUUGCGAAUGCGGAUAAUAUAACUCAUGUCUGGAAAGGUGGAAAGUUAUUUAAGAAGCCUGGAGUUCAUGGGGUCUAUCGAGAUGCAUGA